AUGGAGCCCUCAAGAAUUGCAGUACCUUCCUCCUCUCAUUUAAUUGAGCCUGAAGAGGAUAAAGCAUAUGAAGGAUUAGGAAUAACAACAGUAAAAUUGCUUCACACAAGGGAGUUAUGUGGUAAUGUGACCACUUCUGCUAGAGGAAAAUGCAACUUUAGGGACGAAUACACAAACAUACUGGCGUCAAAACCUGUGAUUUGGAAGUAUAGUGUGAGAGAGAAUAUAUCUCGGGCCUUGGAGCAAGUAGAGGUUAUUGCUCAUAUGCCAAAUGGUGAAUUUAGAACGGACCUUCUAAUAUCAGGUGAUAUUAAUGGUACCCUGAGAUACCAUGUAAUUGAUAAAGAUACAACACAAAUAUUUCCUUCCGGAGUGAGAAGCACACCAGAGUAUGCAUGGCCUCUCGAUAUUGAAAACAAGGAUGAAGUUGCAAAAUCACCUGGACAUCUGUGGACGCUUGGUUGUUCGAAUUCAUUUGGUCGUGGCAAUCCCAUAGGCUGCUUGAAGAAGAUGGGAAAGCCUGGCCAACAGAAGAUUUUGUAUCCUUUAUAUACCUUAACACCAGGAAACAGGAUAACUGCUGUUGGAUCUGUUUAUGUGCUGAGGCUUAAUGAUCCAUUAAUGCUUGAUGGAAGAUUUUCGAAUACUUCGCCUAAUUUGCUUAGGAUUGCAGAUAUUAAUUUUAGAAUAUUGGAUGCAGAUUGCAAUUCUGAUGGUAGUCGAGCAUUAUUUGGUACCAACAAAGGAGUUACAAUCAUGGACCUUGAAACUGGAGUAGCUUCAAGGGAGAAAAUUGCAUUAUGCGGACUGGAAAAUGGAGCGAUUGUGUCUGUUGAUACUCGACAGCCACACAAGCAUGCUUGGUUUACUCCAACACUUAAUCUACAAAGUUUGAUCAUGCAUUCCAAGAGAGGCCGGUUUGAGCUUCAUGGGAAUAUAUAUGAAUCUCGUACACUAUCACUCUCACCCCCUCGGUUUACUUCCUCUAUUUCUUGUUUGACAUCACUUAAGCUCUAUAAGCAGUAUUUUCUUGCCAGCUCUGAGGAUGGGACGGAAGUUGAAAAUGUCAAACUAAAAGUGCUCGUUAGGUUUAGCCCUUCUAGUGGCUAG